GGAUGCUACGGACCAUCAUCCACGAUGGAUCAGAUUCAAAUAGGUUUGCAAUCCUGCUUGCUUUAUGAGAGAUACAUCACACCAAACGGCGACUGGGACCAGACAGCGAUGCCGAAGGUCUGGCUUUUCCUGCCGCUGGUUCACAUAUAUACAAAUUGCAAAAAUGAUGUUAAGUUACAGCUGGAAGAUAAAAAUAGUAUCUUAACGGUUCUGAGUCUAGCACUGAUUUUGCCCUAUCUAAUGGAUAGGCUAUCGCCUACUUUAAGAUUCAGUAGAUUAAUAUUGGUGUACCUUUGCGAUAUCGCCUAUUUGAACAACGAUGUGUCCGUGUUGCUACUGAAUAUUUUCUCGAAUCUACUGAAGACAUACUACGGGCGAUUGAAUUUCCGAAUGGAGUUGCCAGGGCUGAGUUCUUUUACCGAUCUGUUCACGGCGCUGUGCGAACAUUUCUGCUCGAGCUCGUACGGCGACGAUGAUGUACCGAUGACACAAAGACAUGAUCCACAUUAUCGGAAAUUGUUGUGGUCGGAACACGCGCGUUGCGACUUGAAGCUUCAGAUAGAGAAGUUUGUGUUUCCGAUGAAAAAAUAUCUCUACCUGGAGGAGCAGGAGGACACAUCGCUCAUAGAAAGCUACAUCACGCUAGUGAUAAAAUCGCGAAAUAAUCAGGCAAACUUGGUGUCCUGUUCCUUAUGCGAUUGCGAUACAUCAUUCGGCGAUGUAUCUAAAGCAUUCGAAUAGAUUGGCGCUGCGAAUGCGCGCACAAGUGGAGAAACUGCGGGAUAGAGACAUUGCGAAUACAUUGCUACGUACGUACCAACGUGAUUAAUGUAAAAUGAUGGGACUGACGCGACAUGAUUUUAUUGUAUA